UACUACUUGAGUCGGAUUGUAUCUAAUAGAGGCUCACAACUAUAGGAGCCAACACAUUCAAGCACCUAGUUACACAUUCGGCUCUAACGAUAAAUUCAUCAGAGAGGUCCCGCCACCACGUCCACCUCCAUUGGUCACGAUGAAUAGGAACGACAUGUCUACUGGGGUGGAAGGUCAAAUGGCACCGGCUGGAGUGUGGACAACGCCAACAUCCCAAGAAGCGCGACCAAGACCCGCCACUAUCCACGAAGGUUUUUCGUUUUGCGCUGGGGAGGAAUUCGGAACAAUUGCUUCAUGGGAAACACCGUCCGGCUUGACACUUCACACGCCAAGUGAUACUAUGUCGCGACCCGUUUCGAUGCAUCAAGACUUCUACCCCGUAACGACAAUGGAUAGCAGCCCGUGGGGACCUAAACCGUGUGAAGACCACCAUAUUGAAAUGCCCAACUUUGAUGUGGACAUGAACAUCGGUCAAGCCUAUACCACAGAUGAGGCAAUUCCAAUUCUAGAUCUUAGAUACCCCGGGUCCCAAAUCGAAAACGAGUCGAUGGGUUUCGAGUCGGGUUUCAACCAGCGUCGCAUGUCAGGUUCAUCGUUUACUGUGUCGACGACAGGCGGCCUUUCUGAUAUGCCUUCGUACGACGAUUUCUCUGCUGCUUUGUCCGAGGCUCCAUCUUUCACGUCGGAUUACCCGCCAACUUCGAACCGAAACUCGCUUAUGUCCUCUACUCAAUUGUCGCCUGUAGCUUCCCCUCGAAUGACACCGCAGAGCCGCUCUGAUCUCGUCCGUACUCAAAGCCGUGGCCGUGGCGCAUCGCCUUCUCCUCGACCUGGUCUGAGGUCUGCUCCUUACAAUGCCGAUAGCAGCGCACGAAAUAAGAGAUGGUCUACUGGGUCUUAUGGAACUGCGAACCGCCGACCGGCUCCUUUCGUUUAUCAUCAUACGCAUGACGUUUUUGGACCGAGAAUGUCGUCAAGGCAUUCAUCGCCUACGAUGCCUAACCACCCGCUCCCACUAAACUUCGGCAACCUUCAAGCUGUGCAACAGCACCCGUUCCUCAUGUCACACCCGCCAGCUUUCCGUAACAGUAUGCUUCUCCCAACGCAGCUACCGUCUCAACUGCCAUCGCAGGCGUUUCACCCGGAAGCGCAUCACUUCGAGAACCCACCACCGCUAUUGUCACACGGGCUCUUCAGGAUGCUGCAAAGCAACGCGGAUCCCCAUUCAUUGCAUGGACAUUAUACAGAUUUAUCUGAUCCGCCAGAUCUAUACGCCUCUCUUCAGGAAGAACAAAUUCCGCCACCGCCCGAGGACAUGAAUCCUUCAGACCCGGAUCUUACACCUCACGAGCAAGAGCUACGAUUUGAAGGUGAUUUGUAUACUCCCAGAUGGGUUCGUGGUCACGGCAAUAAGCGGGAAGGGUGGUGCGGUAUUUGCAAGCCUGGUCGAUGGCUGGUAUUAAAGAAUUCUGCAUUCUGGUACGACAAGAGUUUUACUCACGGCAUCAGCGCAGCUACCGGUAAUCCAUUCCAAGAACCUAAAGAGACUAGACGAAUGGAUGGCAAUCCAGAUGUUUGGGAAGGUCUAUGUGGAAGCUGCAAUGAUUGGAUCGCCCUGGUAAGCAGCAAGAAAAAGGGUACCACCUGGUUCAGGCACGCAUAUAAGUGUCACACGCACCCUAAAGUUAAGGAUGCGCCAAAAAGGCGACGUGAGAGCAGCAACUCAAGGGCUGUUGCAAAGCCAAAGCUGGAUAUACAGCAACCUAUGACGCCUCGGACCGAUACUACAGCAGUUUCACUGAGUGCAACACCAACCCCUAUGCCAAUGUCCACGCCCAUUUCUCACGAACAGGCAAUUCGGCCAGAACAACAACAGCAACAACAACUAAAACAUUUCCCUAUAGUGGAUGGAUUAACUAACAUGAUUUGACGAUCACCCAAAACGAGUCCAUCCCCUUUCAAACAACCAUUCCUUCGCAUCUAGGUGGACACCUUGAGCGAGAAACAAGACAUUUCCUUGAAUUUGCCGCUCUCG